AUCCUGAUCAAGAACCUGAAGAACGAGAUCACCAAGAAGGUUCCGGUUCCCAACUGCGACGAGAUUUUCUACGCGGGCACCGGGAACCUGCUCCUCAGGGACUCCGACUCCAUCACCCUCUUCGACGUCCAGCAGAAAAGGACUUUGGCCUCGGUGAAGAUCUCCAAGGUGAAGUACGUGAUCUGGUCGGCCGACAUGUCCCACGUGGCCCUGCUGGCCAAGCACGGUGAGCGCCGGGGCAAGAUUCCCAUCCCCAUUCCCAUAAUUCCC